ACGCUUCUUGCUCUCUGUAUGCAACGUCCACCACCCGCCGCCACCGACGAAGAGCCCGAGGAGCUCAAGCGAUUCCGAGACGCAUGGCGAGCUGAAGUCCAGCGGAAAAAGGCCCAAACCGUUCAGUCGCACCUCACAAGUGAUCUGGCACCUCUGGGACGUGCUCUGCAGUCUGCUGUGGAUGUGUACCGUAGGGCAAUCCAGAAUGAGCAGAGUGGCGACUUGGACGAAGCUUUGCGGCUCUAUCGUCAAGCGUUUCGCAUGGAUGAUAAUGUAGACAAGGCCUACCGGAAGGCGGAGAAGUUACAAGAGUUGCGGCAGAACUCUCAGGGAGCGGUUCCUCCGGCUACUGAGACCAGACCCGAUGCUCCUGAGCCCUCCAUAGUUGUGAUCGACGAUAAAGCCCUCGACUUGUCAGCAUUAUCCAUAUCAGCGGAUACCAAGGGUGCACACGGAGUGCAUGCCGUUGUGACCGGGACAAUAGCGAGCCUGCUAGAGAGCUUCCCCAAGGAGCUUCGCUUUGAGCCAGAGGACGAGAGACGGACGCUCCACCUGAACAAGGUCCCAGACGAGUUACUCAUCCACAUCCUCCGAUACCUUGACCAUACUACUAUCGAGCGCUUCGCUGCUGUGGACAAGAAGGCUCGAGUGGUCAGCCUGGAUUCUGUCAUAUGGAGGGAUUUCGUCUACGAAACGUACAAACCCCCACAAGUGCCCCACGAGAAAUAUAUGAAGGCGAUGAUGCAGCGUUAUCUUCACGAUUAUCGUCGAGCGUUCAUAGAGCAACCGCGGCUACGCUUGGAUGGUGUCUACAUCGCCGUAUGCCAUUACGUACGUGCUGGGCUGAGCCAGAAUGCCUGGGUCAAUGUUAGUCACCUCAUCACUUAUCAUCGAUUCCUUCGAUUCUUUCCCAAUGGCCAAGUAAUCUCUUUACUGGCCAAUGAGGAAGUGGAGCCACAGCAAGUGAUCCCUCUACUGAAGCCGACAUUGCGCAUGAAGGGCGUCACCGUUGGAAACUGGCGUCUGGAAGGCACAACCGUCUAUAUCACGGACCUCAUCGACCCAGCUUCACUUGAGCUCAACGCGAGCGCCAGGUCUAAGCGCUACGCGUUCCAGAUGACUCUGGCGCUCCGUUCGCGUCCUCUGGGCCGAUGGAAUAAGCUCGACAUCGCGGCUUACGAGACCGUCAACAUAGAAACGGGCGAGACGGAUUUGCUGCCGUUGAAGCAUGAGAGACCGUUCUGGUUCUCCAAGGUCCGCUCGUACGCAUCAUACUAG